AUGGGAAACGAUGGCGGCUCCAUUCCGAAACGCCGCGAACUCGUCAAGGAAGCAGCGCGGGCCCAGACCGUCAGCGAACUGAAAGCUACGGCCCUCGAAUCCCUCAGCCACGCAUGGACACAAGACCCCUUGUCCUCAGAGCCCCUCGACAUGGAAAACGUCGCGUCAGAUUGGAAAGGCAGGCUUUACAACUACGAAUCCAUACUAAAGGGGCUGGUCCCGGGCCAUGACGGCGGCGACGCAGAUGAGGAGCAGGCCAAUGGGCAUGACAUGACAUUCGCGUCGACGGGGAUCAAGAGCCUGCGGGAUAUCGUUAGGCUGCGGUUCAAGCGAUACAAGCCGGCCGGGCCCAAGGAGAAGGAGAUAUGGGCAUGCCCUGUCAGUUUGAAAGAGCUGGGCCCCGCGACCAAAGCUGUCUACAUUGUCCCGUGCGGCCAUGUCUUCGCCGAGGUGGCAAUCAAGGAGAUCACAGAUCAGGAGCAUAACUGCCCCGAGUGCAGCGAGCCGUUCGAGACUCAGGAUGUCUUGCCAAUACUGCCGACGGAGGAGGCCGACCUGGAGAGGGUCGCCAAGAGGAUGGACGACCUGCGCGCCAGGGGCCUGACACACAGUAAGAAGAAGGACAAGAGCGAGAAGAAAAAGAAACGCAAGGCAGGCGAGAAGGGAGGCGACGGUCCAGACGGUGCGAACAACGGUGACUCGGAGAACGGCCGUCCGGCAAAAGCCCAAAAGGCGACUAAGAAUGAUGCCCCCUCUAUCAACAAUCCCAUGGCUGCCAACUUAACCAAAAGGGUAAUGGCGGAACAGGCUGAGAGGGACAAGAGGCGGAAAUUGGCAGCAGUACGGGGAUGA